AGUCCUGUGCUUAUUUCCUAAUCCUGGAAAAUAUAUCGUGAAUUCGACCUUUCAACAAGUAGGAGUUUGAUUCAGCUGUUUGUCAAUACUUUUUCAUUCUUUUUUACCAACCUAGAGUACAUUUCAUUUGGUUAAAGGUCAAGGCUAUUGUGAAAAAAAAUGCAACACUUUCAAAAAAUCGGGCUAAUAUUGACUUUGUUGGGCUUGUCCACAGCGUUACAAUGGCAGUUCCCAUUUGACAUUUCUAAGUUCCGCCUAAAUGGAGGUGAUUCCACCCAUUUACAUUUCUCCACUGUUGAUCCUAGUGACUUCCCCAUAGAUUUGUUGAAGUAUCACGAUGAUUAUGUUAUUAGGGUGAAUUACGGAGACAACGCCGAAUUAAAGAGGUUCUUGUUGUCCAAAUCAGGUGAUUCCAGCAAUGACACCCAGAUUAAGUUUAGUAGAUGGACACGUAACACAUCCACUAGACAAAUUGAUUUACAGAUUGAUGAAAAUAACUUGAUCAAAUUGAUUGAAAAGUUUCCCUUGAUAAGCUAUGACAUUAUCAUUGAAGACUUGUCGCAAAAGGUUUAUGAAACUUACCCCAAGGACUUUCACAAUUCAAUAACCACUAAAGAUUCUAAAUACCAAUACCAGUCAACCCAUGAUGUGAUCAAUGCCACUACUGCUAACGUCUUUUCGGAAGUUUUCUUUAAGGAAUACCGUCCUUUGGAAACCAUCGACUCUUGGUUAGAAUUAUUACAAGAAACAUACCCCGAUAUCCUUUCCAUUGAAGAAAUUGGCCAUACCUACGAAAACAGACCAUACAAGGUAGUUCAUUUUGCUGUACCGAACGAUGAUGUCAAACAUGGUGACAGAAGAACCAUUGUCAUCACAGGUGGUACUCAUGCUCGUGAAUGGAUUUCUGUUUCUUCGGUAUUAUACGCCAUUUAUGACUUGUUGCAGUUCUAUGCCGAAGAACCAGAAUCCAAGAUAUUUAAAGAAUUGGACUUUUUGUUCAUCCCAGUUGCCAACCCUGAUGGAUAUGAAUACACCUGGAAAGCCGACAGACUCUGGAGGAAAAACCGUCAACAAACUGUCCAACCAAACUGUUUUGGUAUUGAUCUUGACCACUCUUAUGAUUACCACUGGACCAAGUCUACUGAUUGGGAAUGUGGUGAAGAGUACAGCGGAGAAUACCCAUUUGAGGCCAUUGAAUCCAAGAUCUGGGAAGAAUACUUGAACAACACUAAUCACGACCACAAGAUUUGGGGAUACAUUGAUUUACAUUCAUACUCGCAAGAAGUCCUCUACCCAUAUGCAUACUCGUGUGAUCAACAACCAAGAGAUGAAGAAAACUUGAUCGAGGCUGCCUAUGGUAUUGCUAAAUCCAUCAGACUCCAGUCCGGGGUGAACUACCAUGUCUUACCAGCAUGUAUUGACCGUGAUGCUGAUUUGUUACCUGAUUUAGGAUCAGGGUCCGCGUUAGAUUUCAUGUAUCAUAAUCGUGCUUAUUGGGCCUUCCAGUUGAAAUUGAGAGAUAGUGGAAGUCAUGGAUUUUUGUUGCCUCCAAAAUACAUUGAACCUGUAGGUAGAGAAGUAUUUGCUGGGUUUAAGUAUUUCUGUUACUUUAUCUUGAGUGACGAACGUCAACAUUAGGACAUUUAAACGUUUCUUUAUAUAGUUGAAAAUAAAUGCUUUAUUAGCUA